AUGGUGUUCACAGGAGAGCAGGUUAGCCAAAGAGCGUGGUGGUACAGGAUGGAUGUUUCUCCCGAGCCCCAAGAGAAGGGUGGGGCACUGGUGCUGAUCCGACGACAGCCUCCUGUGUCCCAGGGUUUGCUGGAAACACUGAAGGCCAGGUUGAAGCAGAGCUGCACCUGCAGUAUACCAUGUGCUCAGGCUCUGGUGCAGAAUCUGUUUCCUGUCCUGCACUGGCUACGUCAGUACCGCCCUAAAGAGUACCUGGCAGGUGAUGUCAUGUCUGGGUUGGUCAUUGGCAUUAUCCUUGUGCCACAAGCCAUAGCCUACUCACUACUGGCUGGGCUGCAGCCCAUCUAUAGCCUCUAUACCUCCUUCUUUGCCAACCUUAUCUACUUCCUCAUGGGCACCUCACGCCAUGUUAACGUGGGCAUCUUUAGCCUGUUGUGCCUCAUGGUGGGUCAGGUGGUAGACCGAGAACUCCAGUUGGCUGGUUUUGACCCCUCCCAGGAUUCUCUGGGGCCUAGAAACAAUGGCAGCACACUCAACAACUCAACCACAACACUGGUGCUUGGGCUACAGGACUGUGGACGGGACUGCUAUGCCAUUCGAAUCGCCACUGCCCUCACGCUGGUGACUGGCCUUUAUCAGGUCCUCAUGGGUGUCCUCCGGCUGGGCUUUGUGUCUACCUACCUCUCACAACCAUUGCUCGACGGUUUUGCUAUGGGAGCCUCUGUGACCAUCUUGACCUCUCAGGCUAAACACCUGCUGGGUGUGCGGAUCCCUCGGCACCAGGGUCCAGGCAUGGUGAUCCGUACAUGGCUGAGCUUGCUGCAGAGUGUGGGACAGGCCAAUGUCUGUGACAUGGUCACCAGUGCCGUGUGCCUGGGAGUGCUGAUAGCGGCUAAGGAGCUCUCAGACCGCUACCGACUCCGUUUGAAGGUGCCGGUACCCACAGAGCUGCUAGUCAUUGUGGUGGCCACACUUGUAUCCCACUUUGGACAGCUCCACUCACGGUUUGGCUCGAGUGUGGCUGGCAACAUUCCCACUGGUUUUGUAGCCCCACAGGUACCAGACCCUAAGAUAAUGUGGCAUGUGGCCCUGGAUGCUGUGUCCCUAGCCCUUGUGGGCUCAGCCUUCUCCAUCUCACUGGCAGAGAUGUUUGCUCGUAGUCAUGGCUACACUGUUCAUGCCAACCAAGAGCUUCUAGCCGUGGGCUGCUGCAAUGUGUUGCCUGCCUUUUUCCAUUGUUUUGCCACCAGUGCUGCUCUGUCCAAAACCCUGGUGAAGACAGCCACUGGCUGCCAGACCCAGCUGUCCAGUGUGGUCAGUGCUGCUGUGGUGUUGCUGGUGCUACUGGUGCUGGCUCCACUGUUUCAUGAUUUGCAGAGGUGUGUGCUGGCUUGUAUCAUUGUUGUCAGCCUGCGUGGGGCACUGCGCAAGGUUAAGGACCUCCCACAGCUUUGGCGGCUAAGCCCUGCUGAUGCUCUGGUCUGGGUGGCUACUGCAGCCACCUGUGUGCUCGUCAGCACCGAGGCUGGACUUCUAGCUGGGGUGUUCUUCUCACUGCUCAGCCUGGCGGGCCGCACACAGCGUCCACGGGCUGCCCUUCUUGCUCGAAUUGGAGACUCAACCUUCUAUGAGGAUGCUGCCGAGUUUGAGGGCCUCCUGCCCCCACCUGAGGUGCGAGUGUUCCGUUUCACAGGCCCACUCUACUAUGCCAACAAGGAUUUCUUCUUGCGGUCACUCUACAGUCUCACAGGGCUGGAUGCAGGGCACUCAGCCACCAGGAAGAAAAAGGGCCCAGAGGUGGGUGUCAGUGACAGCAGUCUUGCUGAUGGCAAGGAUAUGGGUUCAGUGAGCAGCGGGACCGGGCUGGUGGUACCCCUGGCAUUCGGUUUCCACACAGUGGUCAUUGACUGUGCACCACUGCUGUUCCUGGAUGUGGCUGGCAUGGCCACACUGAAGGACCUGCACAGAGACUACAGGGCCCUGGACAUCACCCUGCUUCUGGCUUGCUGCAGUCCCUCAGUGAGGGACACGUUGAGGAAAGGGGGCUUCCUUGGGGAAGACCAGGGAGCUGAGGAUGAGCUCCUGUUCCCCAGUGUACACAGUGCCGUGGAGGCUGCACGAGCCCGCCAUGAGGAGCUGGUGGCUGCUGACUCUGCCUUUUAG